AGAACUAAUCAGCAAGGUUGACCCUUUCCUUUUGCCUUUUCCCUCGUUUUCCUUGCCGGCCCCAAAUUUUCUCGGGAAAACCGCAGCGAAAAGAAAGAGAGAGAGAGAGAGAGAGAGUUUUUCAUCUAAAUCGGAAAAGCCGAUUGCCGGCGGCUGCAAGGAGGAAGCACCAAUCCGCUCGCGCGAGCCUUCCGCCUCCCGCCACGACCGACGCGGCGGCCGGCAUGUCGAAUCCCGACGGCGAGAAGCUACAGCCGCCCUCCGACCUCCGCGAAGAAGAACAAGAAGAGCAAGAAGGCAGAUCUCCGUCCGCGUCCUCGGAUUCCGCGGCCGAGGAUCGGUGAGGGUUUCCCGGUUUCUCGCGUUGUGGAUCGAGCUGCUCUGCUCGAUUUAGGGGGAGAGGGGGGACAGCUGUCGGUUGAGGAACUGAUGGAGGAGGUGGGGAGCUCGGGCUCGAGCGCUCCGUCGGUCGGGGAUGGGAAGGCGAAGAAGGAUUCGGUUCGGGUGAAGAAGGAGACACUGCAGGCCGUGCUCGAGCAGUGCCAGCGAGCGCUCGAGCUGCUCAGCAACGGGGAGGUCGAGGAGGACGGCGAUGAGGGUGUCUGUGUCGGCGAUGGGGAGGGAGAUGUCCCGGAAGUUGAGCCGGGUGGGGAUGGCGUGGUGACUCCGUGCAGUGAUAGCGAAGCCGAUGAGGUACUGUGUGAUCUUCUCAAAUCUAGAGUCGAAUGCCCGGACUUCCUCAAAAAGCUAGAGUGCGCCCAAGUGUCAAUUCCUAAUAAUGCUGCUGAGGAAGGUGGCACAUGGGAUAUGGUCAGUAAAGAUGAUCUAUGGGAAGUUGAAAAUGUGGAUCCUAGUGAACAAGAUUAUGUCGUCGUGAGACAAGAAGAUAUUGUAGAAGGUAUGGCAUCCUUUAUGGCUGCCUACCUCCUGUCCCUUAAACAGACAAAGGAGUUGACUCCUAACCAACUUCAGGAAGCUCUUUGCAAGACAUUCUCAGUUAAGAAGAAAAAGGGAAAGCUUCGGAAGGCAUGGGAUGGGAGCAGAGUUAUUUAUAAUGUAGCAUCAUGGGGAGCAACAGCAAUUGGGAUAUAUCAAAAUCCUGUUAUUCUUCAGGCUGCCUCAAAAGCUUUCUGGGCGUCCUGUCAUGUUAUCUCGAAGCUUCUCUGAUGUGGAUGCGCCUUCAGGGGAGGGGAGAAAACCAGGGGGAGGUGGGGGGGUUGCCGUUGUUUGGUGCUUUGUGCUGUCCAGGCAGCUUGGUGUUCCGAAUGUUGUGCCAUGCUGAUGUCAUUCUUUAUUUGUGUGCAGAUCAGAUCAAUUGCAUAACCUGAUCUACUCUUUGUAAAUAUGGACUUUCCUAUUUGAUCAUGUGAUUAGUGAGAUUAUAUUGGUUUGUUGUGCUUG